AAUCGAACCCGACCCGUAGCUUUUAACUCUGUAGUCGUGGGAGGCUAAACCCUAAACCCGCGUAGUCGUCUCUCUCUUUCCGCUUCUCACGUCCACGCCGCCGACCAUGGCCAAAGAGAAACUGAAGCCUCUUCCCACAUCUGACGGAGGUGAAAUCGCCGAGAAAAAGAAGCAUAAGAAGAAGAAGAACAGGAAGCGAGCUGAACCCGAUCCCGAUCCCGAUGUGCCUUCGACAAGAGAGCCGCGUGAUUCCGGUGUUGAUGAAGAUAGAGAUGGAGGGGUAGUAGAGGAUGCUCACAACGAGCCAACGAUGGGUGAUAAGUUUGAGAGUCUUCACUUAUUAGAGGGAGAGAAGCAGAGUAGUAAGGAUUCUGCUCCGGUUGAUGAUAAGCCUCCUACCGCAGCCUCUGUGAACGUUCUUCUGAGACAAGCAUUGCAUGCUGAUGA